CUACUGUAACAGUGCCUGCCUGUUUGGAAAGAUUACCUUGAACCUUGUUGCCAGUGAGAGUUUUGGUACCACAAACCGUCCAUGAUAGAGAUAUGUACGUAAGGUGGGACUCUCACUGCUAGUACGCAGACCCAGAAGGUAGGAGGAAGUCGCGCAGUCUUGGUAUUCCAUGAGUUCCUCCAUUCGCCGGACAGACUUGCUCGCAUUGUCGAAUCUUCGUAAUGAUGGUCGUAAACCACACGAAAUUCGUCGUAUGCGGGUUCAAAUGAGUCCAUUGAGUGUCUCGACGAUUAGCGGUAGUGCCUUGGUCGAAAUGGGCCUGACGGUGGUCCUCGCGACGGUCCGGGGCCCCGUGGAUUGCUUGCGCCGAGCGGACGAGAAUCCUGAUCAGGCGGUAUUGGACGUUACGGUGCAGUCGGCGCCCUUUAGUUCUUCCGCCGAUCGACGCGUUGCUAAUCCAAAAACUGAUCGUCGUCUCAUUGAAGCAUCCCACAUGCUCAAACGCGCGAUGGAAGCCGCUAUUCUGCUCCAUCUUUACCCUAAAUCCCGCAUUGAACUCGUCGUCUCGGUGCUCGCUGACGACGGGGGACGACUCUGUGCAGCUAUCAACGCCGCCACUUUGGCUCUCAUGGAUGCAGGCAUUCCGAUGAAAGAUUUUGUGUGCGCAUGUUCUGCCGGAUUGCCCGGAACCUCGGCCACACCGGAUAGUCACGCGCUGACGCUAGUCGAUUUGAACCGACAGGAAGAAUCUUCUACUGGUGGACAGGCUGCCACUCACAUGCCCGUCGCGCUCUUGCCGCAGCGAAAUACGCUCGUCUUGGCGCAGUGCGAAGCGCGUUUACCCAAUCUGGAUACACUGGAACGAGUACUCGACGCCGCCACGGAAGGAUGUCGCGCCGUCUUUGACAUACUGCAAGCCGCUGUCCGGGAGCACGCUGCGACCGUAUUGGCGGCACGGAGUGGGACCACCCGCAUUGUCAGCGCUUUUGAUUGAGGAUGGAUGUGUUGAAAAGGUACACACCCGCACAAAUGUACUGGAGCGCAAAGGAGACUGCCCGAACUGCUAUGACUCAGACGCCAGUAAUAGCUAUGUGCCUUCCUGCAUCUGUCCUUUCGCCAACUUCAUGAGACGACGGUAACUUAAAAUAGCUUGCUCCCAUUGAAAAAAGAAUCAGUUGGAGUUGAGCUAUCAUCUCUACAUGCAAGAUUGGAUAUGCCAUAUUUGCCAAAUUGAGCAAGUUCCCAUAAAAUAUGCAGAAAGUCGCAAUAUCGACAUCACAACGCGUUUGCGAUGAUAAAGUGUGUAUCAGCAACAUCUAGACACGUCGCUAAAUUUGACCAACCGCAAAGAAAGUGGGGCUGCCUUGCCCAUUUCACGAGUAUCGGAUGCAUAGUAUUUGAUGAUGUUAACAGUACC